AUGUCACCUUUGCCAGUCAUCGCGUGUGGCGGCACCAACCCGCAAGUUUUCAACGCUGUCAAGCCUCUUUACUUGCCUGAGUACGAAAUUAUACAUAAUGUCAUCAGCAGCAUCUCUGGAGCAGUCGAAAUACCGCUCCUGCUGCAAGGGCUUGCCCCUCCCGUUGCUGAAGAGCCCAAUCGAGGCACCAUGGACUAUUCCAAACCACCUGUGGCUGUCUUUGUAGGGGCUCUGUACAGCGAUGAAGAAUUCGACGAGAUGUACCAGGCCUGUAGAGGGCUCAGUUCUGUGCCUUGGUUAAAGAUGGAUAUGACGGUGCCCAAACCACCGUUAGGACCAGGAUAUGCUGAGCAUGUCGUGCAGAGGAUCAAAACAUGCAUGAAGAAGAUCGAAGCUGAGGGAAAGCUAGAAGAAGAUGGUGUGUGGCUUUAUUGA